AUGGCUGACCAGCGACUGACGCACGGCGUGUCCGUGGCAGCUGUGCGGCGGUUUCUGGGUGAUCUGAAGCGCGAGUUCCCCGACACGUACACUGAGAUGACCACGGAGGAUGCCUGCAAGCAACUGGUUGUGCCACGCACACGCCAGGACAACUGCGCCUACGUCGAGCAGCUGCGCAAGCAGUCGCCAGAACACGUGAACAAGGCCACCGUCUUUGUGUCACACGCAUGGCGGUACAAGAUCGCAGACGUGCUCAACGUCUUGCUGGAGUUUGCGCAGCAGCAAGCAAGGAAGGACGACGGCCAGCCCGUGUUCUUCUGGUUUGACCUCUUUAUGAACAACCAAAACGCCAACGUCACGGCCAACCUCCCACAAGAAUGGUGGAGCACCACAUUCAAGCAGUCGAUUGCCAACAUUGGCCAUGUGCUGCUGGUGCUCAUGCCGUGGCGAGACCCUGUUCCCUUGACCCGUGCCUGGUGCCUGUGGGAGAUCUUCUGUGGCAUCAGCAACGAAGGCACAGAGGUCACCAUCCAACUACCCAACAGCGAAGAACAGGCGCUCGAAAACGCCAUUCGCAGCAGCUACAAAGCCGUCACAGACACGCUGGUGCGCGUGCAGGCACAAAGGGCCGACGCCUUUAACCCGCACGACAAACACAUGAUCUUCACAGCGAUCGAGUCGUGGGCGGGCGGCUUCAGCGCAGUCAACCAAGCCGUGAAGGACCAGCUGCGCGCGUGGUGCCUGCAAAAGGCCGUAGCCGCCGUCGAAGCCAUGCGAGCGCGUGGCGAGGACAGCACUGACGCCUUCGCGGGGCUGUGCCUCAACGUUGGGGCGGUGCUGAGCGACUUUGGCGAGCACGACAGGGCAAUCGCCUACUUUGAGACAGCCCUGCCGAUUUACCUCCGCACUGAAGGGGAGAAGGGCGAGGGCGUGGCGGCGCUGUACAACAACCUCGGCCUCGCCUACGACAACAAGGGCAAGUACGACAAGGCGAUUGAGUUUUAUGAGAAGGCCCUCGCCAUCACGGUGGAGGCCUUGGGCGAGAAGCACCCGAGCACAGCCACGUCGUACAACAACCUCGGCAACGCCUACGCCGACAAGGGCGAGUACGACAGAGCAAUUGCGUACGUUGAGAAGGCCCUCGCCAUCACGGUGGAGACAGUGGGGGAGAAGCACCCGAGCACAGCGAGCACGUACGGCAACCUCGGCAACGCCUACGACAGCAAGGGCGAUCACGACAAGGCCGUCCACUUCUACGAGAAGGCGCUCGCCAUCAAGGUGGAGACGCUGGGCGAGAAGCACCCGAGCACGGCCGACACAUACAACAAUCUCGGCGGCGCCUACGACAGCAAGGGCGACUACAAGAAGGCCAUCCAGUUGUACGAGAAGGCCCUCGCCAUCCAGGUGGAGACGUUGGGCGAGAAGCACCCGAGCACAGCGAGCACCUACAACAACCUCGGCAACGCCUACGCCAGCAAGGGCGAGUACGACAGAGCCGUCCAGCAGUACGAGAAGGCGCUCGCCAUCUACGCGGAGGCGUUGGGUGAGAAGCAUCCCAGCACAGCGAGUACAUACGGCAACCUCGGCGUUGCCUACCAGAACAAGGGCCACUACGACAAGGCGAUUGAGCUGUAUGAGAAGGCCCUCGCCAUCAGGGUGGAAGCGUUGGGUGAGAAGCACCCGAGCACAGCCACGUCGUACGGCAACCUCGGCGUUGCCUAUCAGAACAAAGGCGAGUACGACAAGGCCAUUGAGUUUUACGAGAAGGACCUUGCCAUCACGGUGGAGACGUUGGGCGAGAGGCACCCGAGCACGGCCGACACGUACAACAACCUCGGCGAAGCAUACCGCCACAAGGGCAAGUACGACAAGGCCAUUGAGUUUUAUGAGCAGGGGCUCGCCAUCAAGGUGGAGACGCUGGGCGAGAAACACCCGAGCACAGCACAGACGUACAACAACCUCGGUAUCGCCUACGACCACAAGGGCGACUUGGACAAGGCGGUUGAGUUUUAUGAGCAGGGGCUCGCCAUCAAGGUGGAGACGUUGGGCGAGAAGCACCCGAGCACAGCGAGCACAUACAACAACCUCGGCCUUGCCUUCAAGAACAAGGGCCACUACGACAAGGCGGUUGAGUUUUAUGAGCAGGCGAGGGCGGUGUACGUGGAGGCGUUGGGCGAGAAGCACCCGUACACAGCGAUGACGCUUGCGAACAUUGGCCUGCUGCACGACAAGCGCGGCGAAAAGGAGCAGGCUUGCGCCUACACGCAGCAGGCGCUCGACGCUUUCACAACCACGCUUGGGCCAGACCACCCAAACACCCGCAAGGCGAAGGGUUAUCUGCUGCGCAUUUGCGGCAACGACGAGCGCGAUGAUGGCGGUGCACGCACGGCCGCGCGGGGCGAGGACGACGACGAGCAGCAACAAGGCGGCAGUGAGCAAGUGCAAGCUGUGGCUGGCCAACAAGACGCAGCAGACGAAGAUGAGCUGCAGGAGCGUUCUCCACAACAGCCUCUGGCCGGCUGGCUGCAGAAGCGAGGGCAGUGGAACAUCGCCUUUCGCACUCGCUGGUGUACCCUCGGCGACGACCACCUGACGUACAGCAAGGGUCCUUCCCUUGCAGAACGUGGGCGCAUCCCCCUUUCCAGCGUGCUGUCAGCUGAGCUCGCCCAUGGUGGCGAGGAGUUACACGUUGCUGUUCCUGGCCGCACCUUCGUCUUCCGCCUGGACGCGCGCUCUGACACCUCGCUCGCUGACUGGUGCACCGCCAUCAACAGCCGCAUCAACGUUACCACUUGA